AUGAAGAAAGAAUUUGUUUUCUUGCUUGUGGCUUCACUGGCACAAAUUGUGACAGCAAAUGAUGAAUGGAUGGAAGAGUGCAAGAACCAGAGUGCAAACAUUCAAAUUCAUUCGGCUGAUGGCAACUGGAAAAACUUUUCGAGCGAUGAGACGUCUAAUAAAUAUUUUUGGAUCGAUCGAACGUUCACGUGCACUGCUGAUCCAGACCAUUUCGCGCUUGUUCGAAUCAACCACAAGAUGGAUUUUCCGUCAGACACAAAAACUAUCACUUGUGGAUCGCGGCGUAAAUGGGUGUACAAGGAUGAAGUCGUUCUCAAUGUUGGAUGCUACACAGGUACACGGGCAGAUUGGAUCCAAGAGUCCGAAGAAGAGGAAAGGAUUCGAAAAUGGAUGGCCGAGAAUCACGGAGUUAAAGAGAAUCAAAAGGAUUGGACGUGGGGCAGCACCCAGUAUGACCAACAAAAGAAAAUGCAGCGAAUGGCUUCGGAAAUCCAAAAUCUUUUGAUUAACACCGAUAAUAUAAUUAGAAAGCAAGUCGCCGUUCUACCGGCAGACUAUGCGAAUGCUUAUCGGGAAGGGAAGAAUUAUGUGAUAUUUGUGUUUCGUGGUGGCUUUCCGGAGAGAUCAAAGCCUGAUGCAAGAGAAGGAUUCAGUCGUUACUUUCAAGCCCCUUUCCAAUGGCGCGACCGUCACGACGGGAUCCAAUCGCUAGCAGAGCGUGCAGCGACUUAUGGUCCGAUUGAAGAAUGGAGGAAAGAGUGCAACAACCAGAGUGAAAAAAUAGUCAUUCAUUCGGCUGAUGGCAAUUGGACAAACCUUUCGAGCGAUUUGACGACUCAUCAACAGUAUGAGGUCUAUCGAAAGUUCACGUGCACUGCUGAUCCAGGCCAUUUCGCGUUUGUUCAAAUAAACGACCAGAUGGAUUCACCGUCAGACACAAAAUCUAUCGGUUGUGGAAAGGAGCGUAAAUGGUUGCACAAAGGUGAAGUCGUUGUCGCUGUUGGAUGCUAUACGGGUCCACGGGAAAAUUGGAUCCAAAAGCCCGAAGAAGAGGAAAGGAUUCGAAAUUGGAUGGGCGAGCAUCACGGAGCUAAAGAGGAUCAAAAGGAUUGGACAUGGGGCAGCACCCAGUAUAAACAACAAGAGGAAAUGCAGCGAAUGGCUUCGGAAAUCCAAAAACUUUUAGUUAACACCGAUAAUAUAGUCAGGAAGCAAGUCGCCGUUCUACCGGCGGACUAUAAGAAGGAAUCAGCCGUUACUUUCAAGAUGAUUUCAAUUCGACAGAACGACACGACGGGAUCCAAUUGC